UUUUUUUUUUUUAAAGACGCUGGAAUUCGCGAUGAUUUUCAAUCCUGAUAGAUUGAGAGUCACAAACGGCGUCUUCCCGCUAAAAGACCGCAAACCUCACUUCUGGAAUCGUCUGUUUUCUUUCCUUACCAAGCCCACCAGCGCGACUUCGACAACACGACCCCCGACAGAGGGAAACACCCCGUGGAUCCUCGGAUUAACCGCCACGGACUGUCGGGCUGCCGUCUCUGCAGUUGUGCGCGGCGGGAUCAGAUUACUGAAGAUUGCUGGACUUCUGUGCAGAUCCGGGGUCCUCUCCGUCUCCGGGACCGCGGCGGCCCGAUGGAUCGCGUCGAGCCCAGCCCGGCGCCCCGCACCGGCGCCAACCUCACGGGCAACGCGUCGUGGCCGCCGUUCGCGAUGAGCGCCGUGGUGUCGGCCUGCGGCGCCAUGCCCGGGGGCUACAGGGCCUGGCUGUCCGUGGAGAUCGUGGCCCUGGUGGCCGGCCUCCCGGCGAACGGCGCCCUCUUCUGGCUCCUGCUGCUCAGCAAGAGCAAGUGGUCCUUCUCCCAGGUCCUGCUCGCGAACCUGGCCGGGCUGGGCGCCCUGUACUGUCUGUGCUUCCCGCUGGACGCCUACCUGGCCUUGCACCCGGGGUCGGACAGCGCCGCCGGCGCCGUGCGCGCCUUCUACGGCCUCAACCUCUUCGGCUGCCCGCUGUUCCUGAUCGUCAUCUGCCUGGAGCGCUGCGUGGCGCUGGCGCCGCCCGGCCGGCCCCGGGCCCUCGGGCACGGCUGGCACCGCCUGCUCUGCGCCGCCUCCCUCUGGGCGCUGGCCGCGUCGAUGAGCGCGUUUUCCUACCACAAGCCGUUGCAGACCACCGUCCUGAGCCUGGUCUGCUUCCUGCCCGCCGCGUUCUCUCGAUCCAAUCAGAAGAGCGUGCGCGUCACCGGGUGUAAGACACUGGAGACUCGGAGCUCCGCUUAG